GUGACGUCACAGUCCCGCGCCGACCGGAAGGGGCAUGGGUGGGGCGCGCGGGUGGCGGCGCGACCGGCGGGCGCAUGGCGGGUUCCGCGGGGUUGGCGGUGUGCGGGCAGACGCUGGUGGUGCGGGGUGGCGGCCGACUCCUGGCCACCUCCACCGCGAGCAGCGAUGACAACAGCCUCUUUGUUUAUGACUGCAGCACUGCAGAGAAGAAGUCACAAGAAAAUAAAGGGGAGGAUGGGCCGCCCUUCGUCCCGGGGAGCGGUGUGAUUCUGGCAUCCACCUUCUCCGAGUCUGGCUGCUAUUUUGCUUUAACCGAUGACAGUAAGCGUCUGAUUCUUUUCCGUACAAAACCAUGGCAAUGUCUGAGUGUCAGGGCCGUGGUGCGGAGGUGUACGGCCCUGACCUUCACCGCCUCCGAGGACAAGGUCUUGGUGGCCGACAAGUCUGGAGACGUCUACUCCUUUUCCGUGUCGGAGCCACAUGGGUGUGGCCGUCUUGAACUUGGGCACCUGUCUAUGCUGCUGGACGUGGCUGUGAGUCCUGACGACAGCUUCGUCCUCACUGCUGACCGGGACGAGAAGAUCCGGGUGAGCUGGGCGGCGGCACCCCACAGCAUCGAGUCCUUCUGCCUCGGCCACACAGAGUUUGUGAGCCGCAUCCUUGUGGUGCCCGGUCAUCCUGAGCUGCUCUUGUCCUCCUCCGGGGAUGGCACCCUGAGGCUCUGGGAGUACAAAAGUGGUCACCAACUGUACUGCUGUCACCUGGCCAGUCUGCAAGAGCCGGCGGAGCCCUGGAGCCAGAAGAGGUUGGCCGCGUCCAGGAUCGCGUUCUGGCGCCGGGAGAGCUGCGUGGCGCUGCUGUGUGACUGCAUCCCUGAGGUCUACGUCUUCCAGCUCGACGCCCUCAGGCAGCAGCUGCUGUACAGACAGCGGCUGUCGUUCCAGCACCGGGUGUGGGACGUGGCUUUUGAGGAGACACGGGGGCUGUGGGCCCUGCAGGACUGCCAGGAGGCCCCGCUGGUGCUCUGCAGGCCUGUGGACGGCCAGUGGCAGUCGGUUCCCGAAAGUGCCGUGGUGCAGACAGUCUCCGGCGUUCUUCGUGGGCACUGGGCCAUGCUGGCAGGCUGUGCUGGUGCCGACGCCAGCUUCAGCGGUCUCUACAAGGCCACCUUCGACAACAUGACCUCCUACCUGCAGAAGAAAGAGGAGCGACUGCAGCAGCAGCGGGAGAAGCGGCAGCGGCGGCAGAGCCCCCCGCCUGGGCCCAACGGGCAGACCAAGAGGAUGAGGCCGGGGCCGGCGGCCUGGAGUUGCUGACCCUGUGGCCAGUGGUGGCUCUCAUAGCUUGGGACAGCAGGGCCCGCUGUCGCUUCCCCCUCACCCUGGCAGCUCCUUUUAAGAAGAACAAGGUGGCGGCUGUUAGGUCCUAACCAGCAUGGCUCAGGGGACAUGAUGGUCUCUUGGGCUCUAGAAUGUUCUGCAGCACUGCACACAGGCUUUUGUGGGUGUCUGUGCCCCCUUGUUGAAGGGGAGCCGCGCAGGGUGUUGGCUGAACUGAGGAGACUGCAGGGUGGGAGCGGAGGCGCCCCCAAGCACUGUAUCUUCGUGUUGGAGGCCGAGCGAACCCCUGGAAGAGGCACUUGUGGAUUUUUCUGCUGUACCCACAGCACCAUUCAUGCCGCCACGUCUUUCUCCAGGGGAGACCUGCAGGCAGGCGUUGCGUGGUGACGUGUUGGCCACAAAAACAUUUUCACAUUGCCCCGUCUCCCUCCAGCUGUGCUGCCAUGCAGGUGGCUACUUGCCACGUGGGGACCUUGAGACUCGGCAGAAUUAACUCCUCUGCUCCUCCCAGCUGCAGCCUGCUUUCCUGUGCUCAGCACGUGGCGAGUGGCUCCCACGUGGGACGUGCAGAAACGUGGCUGUCAUCACAGGGAGCUCUGGGAGGCAGCGCUGGCCCAGAAGGUGGAUUUGCUUCGGGAAGUGUGAGGACACGGGCGAGGCUAGGAGCCCAGGUUUGCAGGGAAAUGGUUGAUGAUGUCAUGCCUGUUUAUUUACUUGAUUUGACCUUUGCAUAGGCUGCAAAGCAACCAGGUUGUUAGCCGAAUUCUAAUCACCAAUCAAUAAGGACAAGGUUUUUGCAACUUUCCAGAAAUGUUUAGCACAACACGUGGAACAAGUUUCGCAAUAUGUUGAGCCAGGCAUUCUGGUGCACGCGCUGUUGUGACCGAAGCGUUGGCUGUGCGAUGAGGUUCUUUCGCUGCCGGGCAGCUGGUUUGCUCCCGCCCACUCUGGUCACGUCUCAGACGUGGGAGCAGCUGUGCGCGUUGGUGAUGACUUUGGCGUGGGGUUUCACCGGGGACUUAGAGACAAAAUUCUUUGUGUAUUUCAAAAGCUGGAAUGGUUCAGAUUUUUCAUAAGUGCCUUUUCUUUGAACAUUAGUGGAAACAGUGCUGUCUGUGAAACGCCCAGGCCCCGUCUCCCGCGCUGCAGCAGCUCCAGAGCAGAGGGCCAUGCCCGGGUCGUCGUCCCGUGUGAGGGACCGGAGCUCGUUCGCACUGUGGGGCCCCUGGCAAGGGGCACGUGUUCUCAGUGAUCUGCUUUGAGGUCUCGGCUUCAGGGGAAAUUCAGGUUUGGUCUUGUCAGUGUCUUCACUCAAGACAGGCUUGGCACACAGGCCUGCGGGUCCCACGCUGCCCCUGCCUGAUUUUAUGGCCCUGUGAGCUAAGAAUAGUUUUUACAUUUUUAAAAUGAUAGAAAACAAAUUGAAACCAAAAUAAUAUUUCAUGAUGUGAAAAUCAUGAAGUUCAAAUUUCAGUGUCUGAAUAAACCUUGACUGGGAUGGAGUCA